AUGGCCCCGGAAACGAUUCCGGCGACCGGUUCGUCUGACUCGUCCGGGACCACGUCCAGCGGCUCCACGACGCUGCUCAAGCAGGUGCAUCGUAUGCUAACGCCACCGGCCGACCUGCUCGAAUGGAAAGACAUGCCGCAGCAUCUGCAGUUCAACCCGUACGUGCUCACCGGCUACCGGCCACUGCAGGGUGUGAAGGGUUGUCUGAACAGCCUGUUCUACGUACACAAUGAAACCAUCAAUAUUCUCACACACGGCAUUCCAAUUGUCUACAUCCUGGCAACAGUGCCGGCAAUGAUGCCAUGGGAGAAAGAUUAUCGCUUUCUGUCGUGGUGUCAUCUGGUCGGUUCCGUUGCACCGUGGUGCGGCAGCUUCGUCUACCAUCUGUUUAUGAACCUGGAGAACGGCGAGGGCAUCUACUACCGGCUGCUACAGCUCGACAUGCUCGGCAUAUGGAUCAGCCAAAGUUUCGGAGCGCUACCGAUGGUAACGGCAACGGUAUACUGUUUAAAUUUCCCAUUAAAAUGGCUGCUCAUCAUUUCCUACUCGCUGCUGUGCAUUUGGGGCCUCUACAAGGCAAUGACGGCUUCGUCGCCUUGGCAGCGACGGUUAUGCUUUCUGCUGCCGUUCAGCAUGCGUAUCAUACUCACGUUGCUGCGAAUCUCCAAGCUCGGUGGCGGAAAUCCUACCUCACUCACCCACGUCUUUUUGCAGGAUGCCGUCUCUGCCGUGGGUGGAGUAAUUGGAGCGAUGCAUAUCCCCGAGAAAUGGUUUCCCGGAAGUGUUGACAUCUAUUUGAACUCGCAUAACAUCAUGCACGUCCUGGUGGUUGUUGCCGUUUACUCCAUGCACCAGGCUACCAUACGGGACAUCGAAUGGAUGCAGCGGGCAGAAUGUAACGGGCUCAACUAUACCUCAUCGUUAAACAUAGACUCGAUAAACGGGUCACACCUGGAGCUAUGA